UCAUCAAAGAGAUUAGUAAUAAUCAAGAAUUCUAUGAAUGGUUUAAAAAAGAUGUAAAUAUUUUGGCAAUCUUUACAGUAAUUUCAAGUGCAGAAGUUGAUACAUUGUUGAUAUUAUCAUCACAAAUAGCAGGAUUGAAGCCUUUUUUUGCACCAUUUUCAUCAAAUUCUUUGUCAUUGAUAUUUUGGUGCAAUUUUGUAAAUUUUUUUAUUGAAGAUAUACCACAGUUUAUUAUCCAGGCUUCAUUGUCACUACCAAUUGGUAACCAUUCAACAGUUCUUAUUGAAAAUAUUGAUAUUGAUAAAGAUAAUUGA